AUGUCAUCUUUUCCUUCUGUUGAUUUUUUCGAAAAAUUAGUUGUUUUGGGUGAUUCCAUUACUCAGUACGGAUUCACGCAUGGAGGUAUUUGCUCAGAGUUAGCCAAUUUCUACCAGAGGCGACUUACCCUUGAAGCAUGGGGAUUAUCUGGAUACACAUCCAGACAUUUUCUAAACUACUUUUCAAAGCUCCCAAUUGACAUUGACCAUACUCGAAUUGUCGUAAUUUACUUGGGUACUAAUGACAGUCAAAUAGUAAAUGGAAAAUGUCUUUGUUCAAUUGAGGAAUAUAAAGAAAAUAUAAAAAAAAUAGCAACAAAAUUUCCAAAAACCACAAAGAAGAUAUUUGUUUCACCAGCCGCAACUCUAAAAACACUUCGAUAUGAGCGAGAUCAAGAACCAUAUAGGUACGCUACACGUGAAGCAGCUACGGAAAUGAAUCUUGAAUUGGGGAACACUACUUGGAUCGAUUUGUACGGUGCUACGAAAUUCAACUUGGUCCCUGAGCUUUUGUUUAACGAUGGCGUCCAUCUCUCAGCCAUGGGAUACAACGUUCUUUUCCAAGAAAUUAUUUCUCAAAUUAAAGCAUUAUGGCCAGAGCUUUUGCCAAAGAAUCUUCCUAUGCAACUACCACACUAUAGUGAAAUACUGUUUUAA